AUGACAUGUUGUCUCUCUUCUAUGCUUUUAGGAACCGAAAGGGAGUAUGCUUUCAAUAUACCUCCUACAUGCUCCGGAGUCGUGACCAAUAGGUGCGACCUCAAGGUUGUCGAGCAUGUAUUUAAGAAUCUAGAUGAUGAACAUCAAGAUUUAUUUGUGGAAUCUUGCUUCCGGCCACUAGUGCACAUUCCGGAGUUGAAAUUGUCGUCUCAAUUGAUCCACCACCUUGUAGCAAGGACCUUGAAAUCACCCGACAAUGAAAAAGACGACGUGUGGUUCAAAUUUGGAGAAAAUGAAGCCAGAUUCGGGUUACAAGAAUUCUUUCUUGUAAGCGGUUUAAAGAUUGUGGAUGAUGUGUCUUAUGACGUCCCCAAAAGAAGUAGUUCACUUUUAGAUUUAUUCAAGGAGAACAAAGGGAAGAUAAUGAAGAAAGGCUUGCUCGAGCAAUUUGAUGGUUUGGUAGAUAAGAAAGAUGCAGAUUUGAAGUACAAAUUGGGGCUUCUCAUUGUCUUCGAGACUCUUGUGGAUGAACGAUGGUUUCAUCUCGUUGAAGAUUUGGAACAAUUUAAUAACUAUCCUUGGGGGAACUUGUCGUACGAGUACAACGUAAAGUUGUUCAAACGGAAGACUUUGGGUAUUAAAAAAAAAACAAAUGCGAUAAAGUAUUCUCUGCAUGGAUUUCCCCUCGCUAUCAUGGUUUGGGCAUUUGAGGCACUGCCUGAGCUUGGAAGAAAAUUUGGUCAAACUUAUGGUGGUGGCAGACUUCCGAGAAUGAUUUCUUGGAAAAUGAGUAAACAGUGGCGAAGAGAGCAAAUUAGUAUGUUUUUCGACGCGUCGGAGGUUGAAGUUCGACGAACGUUACAACCCUCAAGUGAUGAAGUUGAAACUUCAUACUUGAAGGAAUUCGGUAUAACCGAGGAAGAAGCAAUUAUCCCUAAAGAUGAGGAAGAAGAAGAAAAAGAAGAAGAAGAAGAAGAAGAAGAAAAAAAAAAUGAGGAUGAGGAUGAGGAUGAGGGGGGUGAGGAAGAGGAGGAAAAGGAAGAAGAAAAAAAUGAUGCAUCUCAAUCAUAUCCACCACAACCGCAAGUUUUUUAUGCUGAAAAUGUUCGAAGUAUAGUCAAGGAAGUUGUGACAGAAGUUGUGAAGGACGAGAUGAGAAUAUUUUCUGAGCGAAUGGAGAUGAAGAUGGAGAUGAAGAUGGACCGAAUGGAGAUGAAUAUGGAGACGAAGAUGAACAAUUUUUAUGACCGAAGAGAAAAAUUAGUUUUUCAAGCAAAUGAUGGUCCAUCUACCCGUGCUACCUAUGACGGGACAAAUUUUGAUGAAGAGGUUGAUCCGGAGAUUAAUAUGCGGGAUACGGAGACCGCUCGAAGUGUAGAUUGUGUUGAAGACACGGUGAAAUCACCAUCUCCGAUGCCCCAGCAAGAAAUGGCUGGACUUAAUGAUGAUGCGGGUUUUAUGACCAGCUCGUCAUCAGCCAUUGUUGUUUACAAAGAGAGACAACUGCCGACACUAGUGGAGAUAGAGCCGACACCAAUAAAUAUAGAGAAAAUCGUUGUAGACGAUCCACUUGAGUCUCCUAAGGGGAGAGGGCACCGGAAGAAAAGAAAAGCCGCCGUUCUAUGUACUCCGUGGAGGAAUAUUGAAAAAAGAAAAAAAUUUACAACUGUGAUGAAACUCCCAUUAGGUCCAUCGUUCAUUGUGUUGUGCCCAUUCUUUACUAUUGCCCUCGAUGUACGUACGCAUCAUGGCAUUGUGCUCCACCCAAUGCCUAUCAUUAUUCUCGAUGAAUGUAUCGAACCAAGCGGGGGCUUGUUGAGAUCGCGCGUCCAGAGCGCCCGCGUCAACUGUCGGAGGGAGGAAAUAGUUCGCCAGGUUGGCCUGUUCUUCUUCGUCCUCCGCCUCGUCCCCUGCCUCGUCUUCGGAAUGAGGUUGUGUCUGCGAGGAACCACCUUCUCCGGAUGA